UAUUCCCCUCGUACAACAGAGAACAACGACAAGCAGCCGAAAAAGGACUGUUGAGUUCUGGAGAUAUUAUGGAAGGUGAUGCAAUAUUGAGGGGAGACAAGCUCAUAUUGAGAGGUUUGAUGUUCCAUGGUUUUCAUGGUGUUAAAUCUGAAGAAAAGAAGCUGGGUCAGAAGUUUGUGAUAGAUGUUGAUGCUUGGAUGGAUCUCCACGCAGCUGGUUUAUCCGAUCACUUGUCUGAUACUGUUAGCUAUACCGAUAUUUACCGCAUAGCGAAGGAAGUCGUUGAAGGACAACCUCAUAAUCUUCUUGAGUCAGUCGCUCAGCUUAUUGCAUCUACAACCUUAACAAAACAUCCUCAGAUUUCGGCUGUUCGUGUGAAGGUCGGGAAGCCUCAUGUUGCUGUUCAUGGUCCCGUUGACUAUUUGGGUGUUGAGAUUCUUCGAUACAGGAGUACUGAUGUACCAAAUUAGGAGAAUUAUUUUGGUUUCCAUAACUUUGUCAGAAUGCGUCCUUUAACUGGUUGGUAUUAAGGAUUGAGGAAAUGGGGGUGCAAGCAUGGACGAAUUUCGCCAAGAAUCAUGCCUUAGCUUAAAACAUACUCUCUUAGGUCUUCAAUAUGCCUUUUCUAGCUUUUGAAUUUUUUGAUUAUAGACUACAAAAUAUGCUUCUCUUCUCUGUAUGGGUCAUGUUUCACAUUUACUUAAACGUCUUACCAACUUUUACCUUAAGGUGGAGUUAUCACUCGAGUGUUGAAAAAACAGCAGACCAAAGUAGUGAAGAAUGUGGAAAAAAAAAAAAAAAAAAAGAGAGAGAAGUCAUUAGCCAUGGACUUUCUGACGUCCAGCGCAUAUUUUCUGAAUAUUAAAGUUACCAUGUCACUGCAAAUUUCUCAACCAAGAAGC